AUGGCGCUUCAGGUCAUGGCGAACAAAGCUCCUUUGGUGAAGGUGCAGGCCGAGAAGCGUUCCAGUGAGACUGGGGGUGGUCAGCUGCCGAAAGAGUUGCCGUUUCAGUUCCGCGAGGCCAUGAACCAAGCGCUGAAGCGCGAGAAGCUCACGCGGCAGCGGCUCCGGAGCACCCGCGGCCACUCCGCCGAUGUGGACAACGCGACGGCGCGACAGUGCUGUGGGCGCAUCCCGACCUUGUUGGGCAUCACUUCGUUGGUGAGCUCCUGCGUUGCCAUGGUCCUUCUGCAUGUCCUGCAGAUUGAUGCGGCGUUGGGUGUGGGAUUGUUGGCUGUACCGCCUGCCUUGGCGCUCUUCGGUUGGACUGUCAUGUGGAUUCUGCUGAUGAAGCAUUGGCGCAAGCAUCAGAGAUUAUUGCAAGACAUCAUGGGCUGCCUGAGGACUUGUUGCGAGGAGCUCAGCCGAGAGCACCGGGCCUUGGCGGUCAACCUGGUGACGCGCACAGAGGAGGGACAGCGCUCGCUGGAGACAGCGGCCAUGGACUGGUUGGGGCGGGAUGUUUUUUGCGUGGACUUCCGCAUCAUCAACGAAGACUUUGGAAAUGAAUUGAGGAGCCUUCCGAAGCAGCGUGCUUUGGAUGCAGAGGAGAGCACACGUCCACCCAGUGGGAAGAGUGAGGGCUCAAGCCUUCCAGCUGAGCAGCGAGGUGGCGCCGAGCUUCGCACAUUGGCGACUCUGGCGCCGGACGAGCAGCUGCAGCUGCGGCCCGUGUCGGAGCGGCGCGGAGCGGGGGGUGCCAUGGGCAAAAAGCGGCGCCGCGAUGAGGAGGACGAAGCCGAGGGCGGUAGCCUGGGCGGCCUGGGCGUGGUGCACGUGCAGGAUUUGCGGGAUGAAGAGCUGCAGGAGCGCGAGGCAGAGCUUGCUGAGACGCUCCGCAAAGCACGGUUAAAUCAGGGGAACCUACGAGGGGACCCGCCCAAGACGAACCGAAUCCUCUGGCAGCGGCAAGUGACCUAUGCCAACAACGCGGUCCAUCGAGCAGAGCAGGCUUACAGAGAAGUACGCCAGGAGAUCGAACGGAGGACGUAUGGUGCGAGCUUGGGCAUCAGUCCUAUCAGGCGCUUCCGAAAGUGA